CCUGCGCAGGAGUCGCAUUCCGUCACUCGCCUCCGUGACUGGCCGGCGAGACUUCGAAAGAUUUUGAAUUGAAUUUUUAAAUUCAGUAAAUUUGUGUUUGUGAUUGGAUCUAUUUUUCCCAUAAUGACUCCAGUAUAAGAUCCAAGAUGUGGCGCUUAGUGUUUCUCGUAGUGGUGGUCGGCGCAUACGCCCAAAAUAGUCCAGACGUGGUUAAACCAUGCGGUAAAUCACAAUGCACAAUCGAGCAGUAUUGCUCCCAGGAUACCAACCAAUGCGCGCAAUGUAGUAACAUAUGCAACAAAACACACCACAAUUUCGAUUCUGGCGUCUGUACGGAAUUCUGCAAAGAAUAUUUGAUGGACCUGAGGUACAUGCGGGUAUCGGAUUUCAAUAAUAUGCAACGCCAGGCGCAAGCGGCGUUGAUUAUGAGCGGUGUAGCACUCGCUUUGCUUCUCAUCGUGCUCAUCCUCGUGUGCCGCGGUAGCUUCUCCUGGAGGUACCUCAAGCAGAAGCUACAGCCUUCCAAGAACCGAGUAAAGCAGAACCCUAGUGGCCUCACGCAUCACAACCCGCACGCUGAGAUGCCGAAACCAAAGCAUGAGUUAAAGUUGGAGAUAAGAAACCCCACACCUCCCAAGAGGACAAAUCAGCCACUGAACGCUAAUGACCUGCAGACGAGAACUUCACAGACUGAAAAAAGUCAAGGAGCGACUACACCUAAGACUGUCAGCACAGCAAUAAGUAAUAGACAUCCAGCUGAAGACACAACUUUGGAUUUCUCCUACGAUAACAUGGGAAUGAACAUAACUCCGCCUGAGCAGCCGGCUCCCAGUCACAAAUUCUGAGAUGCGGCGGUAUAAAAAACAGUGAGAUUCUUACGGAGCAACUAAUGUAGUAUUGAAUAAUAUUUCGAAUUUGUAAAAACUAUUGACAUCACCAAUGUGCCGAAAACUAAUAUAUAUGUAGUAAGCACAUUGCAAUGUGUAAUACAAUUUUAAUCCUGAUGUAGCUCAAGUAUUUACCUACUUAUUGCACAAAUUAGACUACAUUUUUUGAGGACUUUCUUGUUACUAUUAUUUUUAGUCACUUAAUUGAUUGAACAUUUAGUUAUAAAUCAAUUUGUAACGAAUUUUUCUGUAUAGGGUUCUAAUAUGUAAGUAGGUCGAUCCGGUAAUUACUGUUUACUACGAAGUAGCUGAAUUGAUAUUCUCGAUUCGAAAUGGGUAAAAAUUAUUUGGUGUUCUGUAUUCAACGUGCCCAUAAAAGAAUGUCAGCUAACAAAUUAGAGCCUUAUAAUUAUAUACAUACUCAUGUAUGUGGGUAUUAAGUGAUGUUAAUUAUUUAGAAUGGCACUAACAAGUAAGAGUCUUUAUAACAAUAUUAACUCAUAAGUAUUACGUUUGUUACUAAACAUAGCCCUUGAAUUGCAGCUUUUACAAAUAAUUGUUUUAGAAAUGAACCACCUUAGAUUCACGUCAUGCAUCGUUUUGCAUCAAAUUUUACCAUUAUAUAAUAAUCAUUUUCAACUAAGUUUUGUCACGGUGCUGUUUACAAAAUUUUUCAAUAAUGUGUAGGAGGUAUUUAAAGCCCACCUUUAUUCAAAAUAAAGUAUUUAAGUAUCUUCACAAAUAUAUAAAUUAAAAAAUAUAACAUCACACAAAACUUUAAAUAUUAAAUAUUCAUAAAACAUACAAAUGAAACAUUCUGAGAUUAAAACGGGUUUAAAAAGUUUUCAACUUCACUCAUACAUACAGUGAUGAUUAGUAUCUUUACACCAGAAGAAUAUACUUA